AUGGCGUGUCCCCUGGAGCAGGCCAUGGCCGUCAUGGUCACCACCUUCCACAAGUACUCGGCCAAGGAGGGCGACAAGUACAAGCUGAGCAAGGCCGAGCUCAAGGAGCUGCUCAACAAGGAGCUGCCCGUCUUCGGGAGCAAACAAAUGGACGAGGCCGAGUUCAAGCGGCUGGUGAACGACCUGGACCACAACAAGGACAGCGAGGUGGAUUUCAAGGAGUACGUUUGCUUCCUGGCCUGCAUCACCAUGGGCUUCAACGAGUUCUUCAAGGACGACCCCAGCAAGCACCGCAGGAAGUGACCCCGGAGUGACCCCUGAAUGAC